CCUUGCGGUCCACCAGUGUUGCAGGACUGUCUGCUGCGGUUAUUAUAGGACCUUGCUGCCACGUUGGAUUAGAGGGUUCGAGCUUUGGUACAGUUUCAGAUCGAUAGCUGACCUGAUAAGUUAAAUGGAUAAUUUGGAUGACGUAAGCCUGAGAGAAAAAGAGGAAUAUUACAGGAAAUUGAAUGAGUCGCUAAAGAAGAAAACAGCAUCCCUGAUAUCCCAAGCAGAAAGUGCGUUGAGAGAAAAAUCUGAAGCAGCUAUUUCAUUUGACAUACCACGUGAACAGAAUGAAGGGCAACGCUGCCCGAGAAGAAGGAACGAUGCGUGCAUGAAGAGCAAAGAAGUUUUGGGGUCAAGUCAGGCCCCAAUAUCGAACACACUAGGAUCGUCCCAGGAGCCGUAUCAAGUGACGCUCGAUCAAACAAUUCCCCCCAGUCUGUCCAGAGAGUGUUCAGAUUCUGAGGAUAGUAUCACUGAAGAAUUUGAUCAGCUGAGCACCAAAGAAGAUGAAUGUUCAAGCGCAUCAUCAGUUGUUUCAAAAAACCUGAGCAGGUCUGCGCAGACCAGGCUAUAUCAGGCCAAACUCAGGGUAUCUAAGGCAGAAAUUAAGCGUUUGAAGGCUCAGUGUGAAAAACUAGCCCGAGAAAACUCUGCCUUAGCAGAAAAAAGCAAGGCGUCAGAAAAGGAGCAGCAACGGGCAGUGGCAGGGUCGCAAAAAUAUAAUUUGGAAAUCAAUAGGCUGAAGAAAGCGUUCGAUGAGGCUAAGAAAGAGUCACAGACGGUAAAAAAUGAGUGUGUUUCUUGGAAAAAAGAUGCAGAAAAUUCAAAUAGGGAAGUGCAAACAGUGUUGAACUCAAGUGCUCAGAUGGAGGUAAAACUCAGAAGAGCAAACGAGGAAGUCGAAAAAUUACGACUUGCACUUGAAACAGAAAAGGGAAAGACAAAGGAUUUAACUGAAACGUCUAAGGACAGGAUUCUGUCUCUUGAAGCAAUGAACAAGAAACUGGAGAAACAAAAGCAAGAACUGAUUACGGGCUUUAAGAAACAAAUGAAGCUCAUCGACGUUUUGAAGCGCCAAAAACUACAUUUGGAAGGUGCAAAGCUUCUGCAAAUAUCGGAGGAAGAAUUCUUGAAAGUCAUAGAUCUGAACCUUGGCGAAUGAAUCCGCCUUGCGUUUUGUUACAAAGCACGGUUAGGAAAUUGCUGCACGUUGGUGGCUGCUUGACCAGUGUUCCAUUUCACAUUAUAAUACAUUCAUAUUAUUACC